UCGUGUUUUAAAAUAAAAGGGAACGAGAAAACACUUCUUUACGUCAUCAGCGAGCGACGUCGCGUGCAGGUCUGUGAAGGACGCCGACGAGAAGUUCGGCAUAAAAAGAACUAAAAUAUUACGGACGUCAUCAUGGCGUUAUCCUGUUUAACUCGAGCUCUGCGCAGCCUGACUCUCUCCCAGCCUGUUUUGCUCUCCUCCCAGGUGAAGCUGGGAACUCUGGGAACGAACACAGUCAGCCAGUGCAGAGGUUUCCUCACCACAGCCUCUUUGGAGCAGAACAGAACAUUUUGGAAGCAGAGGGAGAAGUACAGUAUUAAACCAAUGGGGAUGAAAAAGACUGGCGGCAGAGAUCACACAGGAAAGAUCCGCACACAUGGCAUCGGCGGCGGCCACAAACAAAGGUACCGAUGGAUAGACUUCCAGAGGCUGCGCUAUGAAGCAGACAAAGAGGGCCAGCCCUUUGAAGAAAAGGUUGUCGAGGUUCGAUACGAUCCGUGCAGGUCGGCGGACAUAGCUCUGGUGGCGAGUGGUAACCGUAAGCGAUGGAUCAUCGCGACAGAGAACAUGCAGGUCGGAGACCUCAUUAAAACAUCCAACGUUAUUGGACGCAUGGCAGUGUCAGCCAGUGAGGGGGACGCCUACCCACUGGGAGCUCUUCCAGUGGGAACACUGGUGAACAAUCUGGAGAUACAACCAGGGAGGGGAUCCGAGUACAUACGCGCUGCAGGCACGAGUGGCGUUUUGCUUCGGAAGGUAAACGGAACAGCCAUCGUUCAGCUUCCUUCCAAGCAGCAGGUUCAGGUACUGGAGACCUGCAUGGUGACUGUGGGACGAGUGUCCAACAUCGACCACAACAAACGGAUCAUUGGCAAGGCGGGGCGAAACCGCUGGCUCGGCAUCCGCCCGUCCAGCGGCUUGUGGCAGAGGAAAGGAGGCUGGGCAGGAAGGAAGAUCAAACCGUUGCCUCCAAUGAAGAGUUACGUCAACCUUCCCUCCAUCUCUGCCAACUAGCCCCUGGACCUGUGAACGUCCUUCUGCUCCUGAUUUACAGACACAUGAACAAACAGAGCCGCUUGUACGGAAGAUUAAAAAGUUUAUUAAACACAA